AUUUGCAGCUCCUUAACCGGCCCAGGUUCGUCCUCUUAUCAUCUCCCUAUAUCCGAUUUUUCUCUUCAAAAUUCCCAUAAUUUAACGGGAAAACCCUUUUCUUGUUGUAGAUUAAUCUGUCUUGUUUCUUGUCUGUACUUCAAUUCUUUUAUCCAUUGCCCUUUUAUUCCACCAUUAAUGAAAUGCAGAACCCUUGAUGUCUCGAUCCUGGAACCGUCUUUCUGCUUCAUCCUGUCAUCUGGGUAAUGAUUAAAAUCGUAAAUUUCGUUCCUUUCUGCUUUGUUUUGGUUUUAGCAGUUGAGAAAUCCCUAGGGUUCUGAUUGGUAUCGUUCUAGGGUUUCUCUUUGUUUGUUGAUUGCUUCUGCUUUUAUGGACCUGCAAUUGGUGAAUGAGGCGUUGAGCUUUUCAAAGAGGAGGAGAAAAUGGCUUAUUCUACUAGCGGUAUGUGGGGUCUCGGGAUAUGGGGUUUACAAGGCCUACCAUUUACCCUCUGUGGUGAAGAAGAGAGAGAGGCUGAUGAAGCUAUUUGGAGCCGUGUUUUCUUUAGCUGAAUUGCUGUCAGAUUCUGCAGAGACUAUUAGUGUUGUGUCCAAGGACUUGAAGGAGUUUUUGCAGUCUGAUUCAGAUAAAAUCCCCAAUAGUUUGAAGCAAAUUUCUAAGAUUGCAAGGUCUGAAGAGUUCUCUGAGUCUUUAAUUAGGGUUACUGAGGCUUUGACCUUAGGGAUUUUAAGAGGGUAUAAGUUACAAUCGAGGAGUGGCAAUGAAUUGGAAACUGGUUCAGCAAAUUCGAGUUUUCCUGAUAGGGUAAUGGAUAGGAUUUUUUCUAAUGCUGGGACUGGAUUUGUAUCUGUUGUGGUUGGUAGCUUUGCAAGGAAUUUGGUUCUGGGUUUUUACUCGAAUGAUGGAGUAGUUAAUGGAUGGAGUGGAAAUGGUGGUGGGAAUGUGUCUCGAAGUGUGUCAGGUUCAUCAGAUGUUCCCAGUUGGGUAAAUGUGAUCUGUGAUGACAAGUGUAAAGAGCUUAUAGGGGAUUGUAUCCAGAAAUUUGUGAGCACAACAGUUGCUGUCUAUCUUGACAAAACAAUGCACAUCAAUACUUAUGAUGAAUUGUUUGCUGGUUUAACCAAUCCCAAGCAUCAACAUAACGUGAGGGAUGUUUUGGUUUCUGUUUGCAAUGGUGCUGUCGAAACACUUGUAAGGACAUCACAUCAGGUUUUGACUACUUCGGACUCAAAUUCAAAAUCAACUCCAGGCUCAAGGUGUUCCAUCAUCGAUCAAAGUGAAGAUGCUGGUGAAGUUACAGAUGAAUGUUUUGAGAAAGAAGCAUCAUUGAAGCAAAUGAAAAAGGAAAGCCCAAUUGACAGGGUUCAGAAUGGUGGAUGGGUGGACAAGGUUACUUCUACCUUAGCAGUUCCAAGCAAUCGGAAGUUUGUGCUUGAUGUGACUGGGAGGGUGACAUUUGAAACAAUAAGAUCUGUUGUGGAGUUCUUCUUGUGGAAGCUAUCCGACGGUUUGAAGAGAAGCUAUAACGUUGUCCAUGAGGAGGUUGUAGACAGGGGAUUGGAAGUCAUCAGAUAUGUUGGUGCAAAAUCUUCUGUUAUCGUAACCAUUUGUCUUGCUCUAUACUUGCACAUUCUUGGGGGUACCAGGGUUCUGUUAUCUGCUUAAAUAUGUUGUUCCCUUUCACUCAAAGUAGAUAAUGAUACGGUGAUAUAAAGAAAAUGUUUCUAAAGUUGCUUGCUUUAGUUGCUUCUUGUAUAUAUACCUUGGUUUGCUUUAAUUUCAUGCAUAAACAACUGAGAUCGUA